CGCGCCGCCCUCGGCCGCGGCUCCCGGGGAGAGUCCGAGCACCGCAGGCAGUUCGCGGCACCGUGUCCCCCGGAUACGGGAAAGUUCCAGCUCCCGCGCCGCGAUGCCGGGCAGCGACACGGCGCUCACCGUGGACAGGACCUACUCGGACCCGGGCCGGCACCUCCGCUGCAAAAGCCGGGUAGAACCUCAUGACAUGAAUACCUUGAGCCUGCCCCUGAACAUACGCCGAGGGGGAUCAGACACCAACCUCAACUUCGAUGUACCAGAUGGCAUCCUGGACUUUCACAAGGUCAAACUCAACACAGACAGCCUGAAGCAAAAAAUUUUAAAGGUAACAGAGCAGAUAAAAAUUGAGCAAACCUCUCGUGAUGGGAAUGUUGCAGAAUAUCUAAAACUAGUUAACAGUGCAGACAAGCAGCAGGCUGGACGUAUCAAACAAGUCUUUGAGAAGAAGAAUCAGAAAUCAGCACACUCCAUUGCCCAGCUGCAGAAGAAGUUAGAGCAGUAUCACAGAAAGCUCAGGGAGAUCGAACAAAAUGGAGCCUCCAGAAGCUCGAAGGACGUUUCCAAAGACAACCUGAAGGACAUGCACCCCUCUCUGAAAGAUGCCCAUGCGAAAUCUCGAACUGCUCCCCACAGCAUGGAGAGCAGUAAGUCGGGCAUGCCAGGGGUAUCCCUCACGCCACCUGUGUUUGUUUUCAAUAAGUCCAGAGAAUUUGCCAACUUGAUCCGGAAUAAGUUUGGCAGCGCUGACAACAUCGCUCACUUAAAAACCUCCUUAGAGGAGUUUAGGCCCGACGCGAGUGCGAGGGCCUACGGGGGCAGCACCACCAUUGUCAACAAGCCCAAAUACGGCAGCGAUGACGAGUGUUCGAGCGGCACAUCAGGCUCUGCUGACAGUAAUGGGAACCAGUCCUUUGGGGCUGGUGGGGCCAGCAUGCUGGACAGCCAGGGGAAACUCCCCAUGAUCAUGGAGGAACUGAGGGAGAUCAAGGACACCCAGGCACAGCUGGCUGAGGACAUUGAGGCACUGAAGGUGCAGUUUAAGAGAGAAUACGGUUUUAUUUCUCAGACCCUGCAAGAGGAGAGAUACAGGUACGAACGACUGGAAGACCAGCUUCAUGACCUGACGGAGCUGCAUCAGCACGAGACAGCCAACCUGAAACAGGAGCUGGCCAGCAUCGAGGAGAAGGUGGCCUACCAGGCCUACGAGCGGUCACAGGAUAUCCAGGAAGCCUUGGAAUCCUGCCAGACUCGCAUUUCUAAGCUGGAGCUCCACCAGCAGGAGCAGCAAGUCCUGCAAACAGACGCCGUGAAUGCCAAAGUUCUCCUGGGGAAGUGCAUAAAUGUGAUCCUGGCCUUCAUGACUGUUAUCUUAGUCUGUGUGUCGACUCUUGCAAGGUUUGUCUCACCCAUGAUGAGGAGCCGCUUCCACAUUCUUGGCACCUUCUUUGCCGUGACUCUCCUUGCAAUAUUUUGUAAAAACUGGGACCCUAUUUUGUGUGCCAUAGAAAGGAAAAUAAUACCAAGAUGAAGCCACUUGUUCUUGUCUCCAAGUUCUUUCAAGUUUUCAUUUUAGAGAAAACUUUGUGCAUACUACCAAAUUUUAAAAUUAAUGGUUGUGCCAACUGAAGAUUACAAGAAGGACUGGGGCUGUGUGGUGUAUAUAACUAUUAUUGUCUAAGUCAGUAGCAGCUGCCAAUUCAUUUCCUGUAUUUGGUUAAUGUGAAUCUGUUCCUGAGUUCUCCCCACAUUGCUCACUGCCUUAAUCAGACCAGAUUUCCUGCUCACCUGACUAGCCCAGCAUGGUAAACCUCUGUUAUUGAGCAAUUGGCACAAUUAGUGACCCAGAAGAAAAAGGGAUUUUAAAUCUCUUUCUCUUUUAAAUCUCUAUCAAAACUUAGCUUCACUACUGCUGGUGAUUGUAUUUUCCCUGAGUCCUGUAAGCAGCAAGCACAUGGCAUGACUUGGGAGAAUGAAGAAACAUAGGAGUUGGCAAUGUUGAACACUGCAGUAAAUCCCUAUAUAAUCCAUCCCCUAUAUAAUCCAUUCCAUUUGUCCACAGAAGACUGUAGAUUCCAUUAUGUACCCACUGUCCACAGUGGUCAACUGUGUGUGACUCUGUGUAACAUGGAAAUCUUAUAACACACCUGUUUAUCCAACAGGGCUUCUGCUGCACUUUAAAUGGCAAGACACAGGGAUUUAUGAAUGGGGCUUCCCCCUUCUUAUACCCAGGGAACCGCACUCCUGACUUUAUCUUAACUGGCUAGUGAAUGGCCUGCCUCCAAAAGCAUGCCAAAAUGCUGCCAACUCCCUCAUAAAACCACAGCUUUAACAUUAAUUUUGGGUCCUGUAAGGACUACUCCAGAGGUUUGCGUUUUGGCAAAUCUUAAUUGUGAUAAAUCCUCCUUGAGGAUGUGAUUCACUCCUUGUGAUUCACUUUAUUCACAGGUCUGUGAGGGAUUGCAAAACUUACUCUGGUAAAUGAAAACAAAUGACACUCCUGUUGGGUUUUUUUUCCCUUUUUCUUUAACAAGAACAACAAAACCAUAGUUCAUAAAGUACACUGAGAUAGUCAAUACUGGAAGCAUGAAGAAAAUAUGACAUCUGGCCCAAUUGGAUGGCAGCUGGAUUAGUGGGAGUAGUUCACCUGGAGGAAGGUGGAGAGGAUCCUCUUAGGGAAGUGAAAGACCAGCGAGAAUAAACUAAAUCUAGUGUUUGAACCAAGGCUGCCAUCUGUCUCUUAGGAUCUGACUGAAAAUAAGUUCUGAGGUGAUAGGAUGGCCGCACUUGGCUGAGGUGAAAGCAUCCAAAAGUUAACAUCUUUGGCCUGUUCUGGGAAUGCCAGUCACUGUCUUCAUCCCAGAAGAUAGUUUCUUUUACAUAUGUUUCUCUGCCUACAUAACAAAAAAAAAAAAAAAAAA